AUGGCGCCCGCCCAGUCCAAUCUCGCACGGUCCACAGCCCUCCUCACGAGCAUGCAGACCAAAGGCGGCGCCGCCAUCGUCGGCACCCUCUUCGCCCUCCUGUACCUCCGCCGCAAGCUCGCCCAGGCCGCCCAGGACGCUCAAGACAAGCGAGGAGCCCGAGAGCUGCUCGUGCCGACCCGUGGGCGCGUGUCCAAGGUCGUCAUCCGCCCGACCAAGGCCAGCACGUUUGCCCGCCACCGCCCUCUCUUCCGCAAGCCGCCGCCGACACCCGCAUCCUCGUCCGCCUCAUCGAGCAAGCCGGCACCAGCACCUGCCGCCGCCGGCGCGUCGGCGCAGCGCGUCGGCGUCAACCGCGAGUUCUUCCGCCAGCUCGGCGCCAUUUUGCGCAUCAUCAUCCCGCACGCGACGAGCAAGGAGGUGUGGCUCCUCGGCGCGCACACGACCUUCCUCCUCCUGCGCACCUACCUGAGCCUCCUCGUCGCCCAACUCGACGGCAAGCUCGUCGGCGACCUCGUGUCGGCCAACGGGCGCGGCUUCCUCGAAGGCCUCGCGUACUGGUUCCUCCUCGCCAUCCCGUCCGUCUACACCAACGCCAUGAUCCGCCUCCUCCAGUCCAAGCUCGCCAUCUCGUUCCGCACGCGCCUCACGCGCUACGUCCACGACCUGUACCUCGACCGCACCAACACGUUCUACAAGGUCGUCAACCUCGACUCGCGCAUCGGCUCGAGCGGCGCCGACCAGUUUGUCACGACCGACGUCAACCGGUUCUGCGAGACGUUGAGCGCGCUGUACUCGAACGUGAGCAAGCCGUCGCUCGACUUGAUCCUGUUCAACAUCCAGCUCGGGCGCUCGAUCGGCGGCCGGGGCUCGGCCCUCCUCCUCGCGUCGUACGCCGCCACCGUGUGGAUCCUCCGCAAGGUGACGCCCGCGUUCGGCAAGCUCGCCGCCAUCGAGGCCAAGCUCGAGGGCGACUUUCGCGCGGCCCACUCGCGGCUCAUCAUCAACUCGGAGGAGAUCGCGUUCUACGAUGGCGCGCCGAUCGAGAAGGACAUUCUCACGAGGGCCUACUUGCGCCUCAUCAAGCACAUCAACUCGAUCUUCAAGAUCCGCAUUCUCUACGGCAUGACCGAGGACUUUGUCAUCAAAUACCUGUGGUCGGCGAGUGGUUACUGCCUGAUCUCGAUCCCGGUCUUCUUCCCCAAGGCCAAGAAGCUCGCGCAGGCCGUCACGGCGGGCUCGGACACGUCGACCAAGGUCGACACGGCUUCGUCGGUCGCGCUCGAGGCGGCGAGCCGAGGCGACGGUCUCUCGGUGUCGCAGCGCACGCAGAACUACAUCUCGAACCGCCGCCUCCUCCUGUCGCUCGCCGACGCCGGCGGCCGCCUCAUGCUGUCGUGGAAGGACCUGUCCGAGCUCGCCGGCUCGACCUCGCGCGUCUACACGCUCCUGUCGACGCUGCACGACCUGUCGGGCUCGACCUACGCCGCCCUCCCUCGACCGGCCGACCUCGCGCCCGACCAGCCCUUCUACGACCUCGGCUCGCUCAACGGCCUCCUCGUCGACGACGCACCCGCCGCAGAAGGCGUCUCGUUCGACAAGGUGCCGAUCGUCGCACCGGCCCCGGGCGUUGCGCACGGCGGCGAAGAGCUCGUCAAGCGCCUGUCGCUCCGAGUCCGGCCGGGCGAGCACCUCCUCAUCACGGGCGGCAACGGCUCGGGCAAGACGGCCAUCGCGAGGGUGCUGGCAGGUCUUUGGCCCGUCUUCGAGGGCGUCGUCGCACGGCCUGCCGACGAGGACAUCAUGUUCCUCCCGCAGCGACCGUACCUGUCGAACGGCAGCUUGCGCGACCAGAUCAUCUACCCGCACUCGUACCCGGAUUUCGCCAAGUCGGGCAAGACGGACGCCGACCUGAUGGAGAUCCUGCGCAAGGUCCACCUGUCGUACCUGCCCGCUCGCGAGGGAGGUUACGACGUGCGCAAAGAGUGGAAGGACAUCCUCUCGGGCGGCGAGAAGCAGCGGAUGGGCAUGGCUCGCCUCUUCUACCACCUGCCCAAGUACGGCGUGCUCGACGAGUGCACGUCGGCCGUCUCGACCGACGUCGAGGGCUCGAUGUACCAGCACGCCAAGGACGUCGGCAUCACCCUCAUCACGAUCUCGCACCGCCCGAGCCUGUUCCAGCACCACCUGUACCUGCUGCGCCUCACGGGCGACCACGGCCAGUGGGAGUUCACCAAGAUCGGCGAGGCCGACCAGGACCUGUCGUUCCAGAAGGAGAUCGAGUCGCUCAAGAGCAAGCUCGCCGAGGUCGAGUCGUGGAAGGCCCGCCUCACCGACAUCGACGAUGAGCUGCACUUCAAGGCCUGAGCGACCUUUCUUCGCUGUCGCCGUCGAUGUUUUGCCGGCGGUACUCGUUCAGGAUCGAGCCCUCGCCGGCUCGUCGUCGCCAGCCUCUCGUCCUCUUUCCACUCCCUUUGUCCAGCCUCUCUUGUACAGCUCGCGUCCUGCAUUGUCGUUGCGUCCCUCCCUCUCUC